ACCAAGUGGAGGGGUAUCAUUGAGAUAUUAAAGACAGCUGAAGAACUAUGUUAACAAAUUUUAUGAUAGACACUUACAGUUUCAUUCAUCGACACUUCAUGUGAUAUAACGUUAUUGAUAUAAAACUCAAUGAGAGCCAUUAAAGAUUGUUUGAGAAAACACGGUACUCGAACUAACAGAGGAGAAAACACAAAUGAGACAUGAUUGGAAUAUUAUGAUGGAGUUACCAAAACACGCAAUGCUUUAUGAGGUCGACCUGCUUUCAAUUGGUACAUAACGGCAUAUUUUGCACAUUGGUAGUGUGAACAUACAUGUAGACAGACAGUCAUCAAAAGAACAUUGCAACAAAAUGGGUGGCAAGUCGAAAAAGUGCCCGAAGAAAGAGGACGUUCCGAUGAGAAUUUUUAUACAGUAUAAAAAUGAAAGACAAAAUCUAGAUAUUUACGAUGGCAAAACGGUGCUGGAGAUCAAACAGAUAAUUCGAGAUAAGUUUGACAUCGGGACGCAGUCCGACAAUAAAGAGAAAAAAGUCCUCGUAUUACAUUUCGCCGGGGCGGACCUAAAAGACGAAUGGAUAUUCAAGGAUGCGGGGAUACAUCAGGGGGAGACAAUACACGUUCUCAUGCGGAAUGAAGUUCACCCAACGUUAUAUAUUCAUUGUGCAUUUAGCCAAGAGACAAUUCCAAUCUUACAGCCAAUAGAUUGCAUUAAAAUGCAAGUCGAAGAAUUACGGACAAUUGCAGCUGAAAAAUCCGGUAUACCUGUUACUGUAUUUAGACUGACAAAUGCUAAAGGAGUUGAGAUGUACGAUUGUCAGACGUUGUUCGAUUAUGGGGUUGAACAAGCGCAUACCAUAAACUUAGAGACUUGGGACGGUUGGAAUGAUUUUCUAAAUGUAGCAAUUAUGGGGUUCACUGCGCAGGUUAUGACGUUGAUAAGCGAGAAUGACGUCGUUGGACGUUUCCAAAUGAAAGUCGCUCUUCAUAUUGCCGCUCAUUUCGGUCAUGUUGACCUGGCAGUGAGUCUAUUACGUCAGGGGUUAAGAGCCAGUGAGCCAAUAGGAGAGCAUCCAAUCAGGCAGUGGUGCAACAAUGAUGCCCAUACCGGAAGUUACAAAUGUCCAAUCCACGUUGCUGUAGAGAACGGUCAACUAGGAGUACUGAGGACUUUCAUAAAUCACGAUAUAUGCAACAUGAUGGUUAAGAAUAUAGAUGAUCUUAUGCCACUGAACAUUGCACUUCGCAAAAAGAAAAAAAGCUGUGCAAGUUUUCUGCUGACUAAGCAAUGGACACGAAUGCAUAUUGGAAAGUCAACAGUUUCCCUAGCCAUAUACGCAAGGAUAAAAAAGUGGGCGGAAAAAGCAAAGGCAAAUACCUUUUUCAUUUAUGGACAAUCUAAAUCCUCAUUGAAAAGGCCGCCAUAUGUGACGGAUGCGUUGCUAGGGAACGGUGUGCAUCUAGAUGGGUUCUCGACAAGUCCUAUGAUGGCGAAAGCGAAGGCUGAUAAACAAGAUGACAGCAAGAAACGCCCGGCGUAUUACUAUUUCCAGGAAGUUGGAUAUAUGAACCCCGAGGAGUAUUUCAGACGAAUUCUGUCGAACGCAAAGCAGGCAAAGACACAAACAUUCACUAAAGCACUUUUUGGUGGGCGACAACAAUUAAAGAACGAUCUCCCCAGUUCUCGUUCAGUUACGCCAGAAAAACGUCAGCGACCUAGGAGUAGGAGCAUUGGUGCAUCAAGAUUGCGACUACCGCCAAUUAACGAAGGUCCUAAGGUCAGCGCAUCAAACCCAGAUAUUCAGAAUGCCUCUAAGUCAGCUACUGGCAGAAAUUCUAUUGUUGAACAAACAUUAACCAGACGCGAGAGUAUCGCAGCUGACAAUGUAUCUAGGAUUGAGUCAACCACCGGUUUCAUUCAGACGGGAUUAGCACCUGUGCCCCCAAAGGACAGUAAAGAUAUCGAGCCCGAUCAGCUUAAAUCAAGGAAGAAAUCAAUUUCAAAAAAGAAAAAGAAACGCGGAGGAGCCAGUGCAGUUCAAUCGCUAAUGGCUAAAAAUAAAGCUUCAGAACUUUCAAUCCCCUUGCCACAAAAAAGUGUUGAAACCACCCCGAGACCCUACUUUCACUCCACAACUCAAGGUGAAAAUCUUGCAGAUAGUACACUCGAACUGUUCGAGACCUAUCGAGGCGAGACUUCGCGAGAUUACGCCAUAAAGUGUCUUUCUGUUGCUAAUAAGUACAAAGAAAGGCCUUGGCUUUCACAAGUUAGAACUGCUAUGGAAAUUACGGCACGAGGUGUCAGGAAAGCUGUGUUAAGGCAGCCUCAUCUAUUCGCCCCUUUUCAAAGGACUAGCACUGUAGGAACUAUGGGCACACGCAUGUGACAUUUACUAUAGGUGUGUUGUCUUUCCAUAAUCUAGCUACAAACCCUUGUGCCUCACUCUGAUGCGUUGUGUUGGUGAAGUAAUCCCCAGCUUUGAACUAUGACUAGCUUUUCAUAAUGCCCCUUGUCCUUUGUGCACUGCAAAAAUGCUUUCAGUCCGCAAAAAUACAGUAUGCCAUGCUGCUGUAUGUCGUAUGCAGGCAUUGCUAAAGACGAGUGUACUUAGUUUAUCACUAAAUCAUUUAAAUUGUAUAUUUUAUAUGAUACGCAUUUUUAAAUUUCGUAUUUUUAACAUUUUGAAUAAAUUAUACCAAUAUCAUUACAACUCA